AUGGCGGGCAAAGGAACGAAAACUGACAGAAACCAGCAUUUUCUGAAGGUUUCACGUGCAGAUGUAGAUCAACUUGUAACAGAGAUUAUGCAAUUCAAGGAAUUUUUGCCAAAGGUUUUAAAUUCUGAUCUUGUAGGGUUAUAUAAGAAACUGGAUCAUUGUGAGCAAGAACUUGAGGUCUUGGAGGCAGAGAACAGAAAGCUAAGGGUUGAGCUUGAUCAGAUGAAAAUGCACCAUGAUUCAGAGAUUGAGGCAAUGAAGAAACAAAAUAACAGCCUUCUUGAGGAUGGUGAGAGAUAUAAGGAGGAAAAAUAUGUGCUAAAGUGUCAGCUGUCAGAAGCAAGCCAACAAAUGAAUGAUCAAUCUGAUUAUUGUUCUUGUAUGGGUGCAGCCGUUUGUACUCUGCUAUGGAGAGUAUCUCGUCAGCAGGAGUCUGUUACUUCCCUGCUCGGAGGGAACAAAGCGGAAGAGUUUCUUCAAAUCACAUCACGAACUAUUGAGAGUUACUUUGACUCUUGCGCUGGAGGAGAGGAAGCGAAAGAAAACUCAGAAGAAUUUCAGUUUGUUUUGGCUCUCGUUGGAAUCAUUACAAACAUGGCAGCUGCUGCGCAAGGUCGAGAAUUCCUGGUAACGAAAGACAGUGGGCGUGUAUUGAUUGACACGUUUAUGAAAGUGCUGGGUGGAUCGUCUGCAGGAAAAAAUGUUAAGAUGAGAAAUUUGAUACUGAUGGCGUUGUAUAAUGUUAGUAUCAACAUGUCAGGGCUCCAGUACAUCACUAAAAAGCGAGGAAUUCUUGGCAACCUCAUGCAGACAAUUCGGGGGGAAAGUGAUUCUGAGCUAAGCCUUAAUGCUGCCAGACUGUUGCAGUCCAUCGUCAUGGAGCCGAACAGUUUAACAAGUGAAAUCUUUGACUCAAUUUCUUUGCCAGUGCUUCAAAACCUUGCACGAACAGCCAAGGGAGAGUUGCGUGAUACACUGUUGGAAGUAAUGUCAGACCUGCAGUCUUACCAUACUGGAUUCUAA